AACAGUUCCAAAAUGAACACGCUGAUUUUUAUAUGCUACCAGGUCCCACUAGAUAACUUCGACUCCAGACUUCUCUCUGGGGUAUUACAUGCAAUCAGUCAUGGUGUGAUUGCUCCAGAACGGAUGGAAGGACUAUAAAUGUAGCACUUCCCUCAAGGCAAUCAUCAAAGGCUCAUUCCUUGGGCCACUGUCUUGUCUCUUACGUGGAGCCUUUGGUUUCAGCUGGUGCAAGCAGGUCCAUUGAAAGCAGAAAAACAUGGGAUCACCCGAUGUUAGCUUGUUGCUGCUCGUCAGCUUGGUGUGCUCUGCAGCAUUGUCUGCUGCAGAGAGUACAUAUGGUACUUACGGUACCUAUGGUGCCUAUGCCCGGGGGUUGUCGGAGAGCUUCUACGAUAAGUCCUGUCCUCAAGCCGCUUCGAUCGUAGAUAGUUUCGUAACAAGAUAUCUCAAUCAAGACAGGAACUUCUCUGGUGCCUUCAUCCGGUUGCAGUUCCAUGAUUGUUGGGUUCGGGGUUGUGACGGAUCGGUUCUUCUGAACUCCACUGCAACCAACCAAGCCGAGAGGGAGGCUCAUGUCAACUUCGGGCUCAGAGGCGUUGCCGAGGUGGAUGAAAUCAAGGCUGCUGUAGAACAUGCGUGCCCUGGUGUCGUGUCAUGCGCAGAUAUCCUCAUCAUGGCAGCUCGUGACGCCACAGUCAAAGUGGGAGGUCCAACCUGGCCAGUGGCUUUGGGUCGCAGAGAUGGUGGUCAGUCAACAGACGUGAUGGCUGACAGCAACUUACCAUUCCCAGUUUUGAACUUCAGCGGGCUUGUUGCUAACUUUGCCGCUAAAGGCUUCAACGCCAGAGAAAUGAUAACUCUCUCAGGUGCACACACAGUUGGUCAGACUCAUUGCAAUGGGAUCCUCCCACAUAUUUACAACUUCACAGGAAAGGAUGAUUUCACAGACACAGACCCUGCCAUGGACAAAAGGUUUGCUGUGCUCCUUAAGAAGGUUUGUCCCCUAGGGAACAGGACCAACACCAUCCCUAUCGACGCUACUGCGCAUCUGUUCGACCGCGUGUACUACGAAGGUUUGCUCCGUGGCAGAGGAGUGUUUAUCACCGACUCGGCUCUUCUCACUAACUCUGCCAGCAAGAAGGUUGUUCGCUCAUUCUCCAAGCGCAGGUCGAGCUUUUUCGAGGAGUUUGCUGCUGCAAUGGUGAAGAUGGGGAAUAUUGGGGUGCUGACGGGUACUCAAGGCGAAAUCCGCAAGACUUGCCAGUUCGUAAACUAGGAAAGAUUCAUUCCAACUGCCUUCUCUUGGCCCGUAUUCUGCUCGCGUCAGAGAAGAUUCUUAUGUUUAGAUCAGAAUAAGCUCCAGAUGUAUGAAUCGCCAGGGUGAAUUGAACACCAUCCAGUGGAUGCUGCGCUAUCCUUGCCAUCAGCCAGUGGGUAUCUUGAAUUUCAAGGUCGGAUUUUAUUGUUUAAGGACAUCGAGGCCAGAAGUUAGAAGACAUAGCCUCAACUUAUUAGGAAGCUCCAAUUGGAUCUUCUCUCAGAUUAAAGCAGAUUUAGAGAAAUAAAGCAUCGUGACUGAUCGUUGACAGACGCGAUCGGACUUUGAACAGUUCUUUCUUGAUUCCAUGCUUCAGUUUAAGUUGUUCUUCUUUCCUUUGUUUUUGCUUUUGGAGAUGUACAUCCCAAAGACAGGACUCAAAUAAUUUUCA